AUAGAUAGAAAGCUCGCUUUCCCACAACCGGAGAGAGGGGUUUUUUUUUCGCCCAGCAGUCCAAGUAGGAGCAGCGCAUCGUGGCGCCCGACGGGACACAACGGGGGAAAACUUCAAAGACACAUCUCAGAGAAGGGGAGCGAAACGGGAUAAGGACUGACGGACAUAAAGAAAGAAGAAGGAGAAAAGAGGAAAGAAAGUGGAUAACAAACCGAUCUCGAGAAGGUGCACGCGCGGCGCUGCUGGUGACUUUCCUUUACGCGGAGGAAUUUAUUAUACCGUUCCCAGGGAUCGCGCGCGUCGUGCUUGUGCGCCCGUGCAUGUGCAUGUGCACACCGGACCGGAGCGGAGGAAGUGAGUGUGUGUGAGAGUGAGAGUGUGUGUGUGUGUGCGCGAGCCGAGAUCUCGGCUGAAGUGUGAGCGGAGGUGAGCAGAUCUUUAGGAGAGGACAGGAGAGGCGGCACAAUGCGGAGACGGAGCUCCACUUUCACCGCCGCCGCCGCCUGCGUUCAUCUCCUCAUACACUUCUUCUGCAUGAAGCUGUGUGAAGCGUCGGGCCACUUUGAGCUGCGUGUGCUGUCGGUCAGGAACAUCAACGGGGAGCUGCAGAGCGGCUCGUGCUGCGACGGCACGCGGAACGCGGCGGACAACAACAGAUGCACGCGGGACGAGUGCGACACGUAUUUCCGCCUGUGCCUUAAGGAGUACCAGACCAGGGUGACCCCCGGCGGGCCGUGCAGUUUCGGCAGUGGAUCUACUCCGGUGAUCGGCGGGAACGUCGUGUCGCCCAAGAGCCUGGCGGAGAACGACAAGGCUCGCGUCGUGCUCUCGUUCAGCUUCGCCUGGCCGAGGUCAUACACAAUGAUCGUGGAGGCCUUGGACUUCAACAACGACUCGAGCACUGGCAGUAGCGGCGGUCAGGUGAUCGAGAGGGCCAUGCAGUCGGGGAUGAUCAACCCGAGCCGACAGUGGCAGACUCUGAAGCACAACGGCAUCGUGGCCCAGUUCGAGUACCAGAUCCGCGUCAGCUGCGACGACCACUACUACGGCUUCGGCUGCAACAAAUUCUGCCGGCCUCGAGACGACUUCUUCGGCCACUUUAACUGUGACCACAACGGCAACAAGACGUGCCUGGAGGGCUGGGCCAGCCCGGAUUGCAGCACCGCGAUCUGUAAGCAAGGCUGUAGCACUAAACACGGAUCCUGUAAGGCGCCUGGAGAGUGCAGGUGUUUGUAUGGGUGGCAGGGGGAGUACUGCGAUCAGUGUAUCCCUCACCCCGGGUGUGUCCAUGGUACCUGUGAGGAACCCUGGCAGUGUCUGUGUGACACCAACUGGGGAGGACAGCUCUGUGACAAAGACCUAAACACGUGUGGUACGCGGCAGCCGUGUCUGAACGGAGGCACAUGCGGUAAUACGGGACCAGACAAGUAUCACUGCUCCUGUCCUGACGGUUACUCUGGCCAGAACUGCGAAAGAGCGGAUAACGCCUGUCUGUCGGAGCCAUGUCUGAACGGGGGACGCUGUAUGGAGAGCAGUCAGGGCUUUGAGUGCCAGUGUGCUCCGGGGUGGACCGGUCCAACCUGUGCCAUCAACAAAGAUGACUGCAGUCCUAACCUGUGUAACCACGGGGGGACGUGUGUGGACCUCGUCAACAGCUUCAAGUGCAUCUGUCCUCCACAAUGGAUCGGCAAAACCUGUCUCAUCGAUGCUGACGAGUGUGCUGAGAACCCGUGUGUGAAUGCUCACGUAUGCCGGAACCUGAUUGGUGGAUAUUUCUGUGAGUGUCUCCCCGGCUGGACAGGACCGAACUGUGACGUCAAUGUUAACGACUGCCAAGGGCAGUGUCUGAAUGGAGGAUCUUGUAAGGACCUGGUGAACGGGUACAAGUGCGUGUGCGCGCCGGGAUUCGCGGGCGAGCAUUGUGAGAAAGAUAUCGACGAGUGUGCCAGUCAGCCCUGUCUGAACAAGGGCCAGUGCCGUGAUGACAUCAACGGCUUCCAGUGCCUGUGCCUGCCUGGUUUUUCUGGAAACCUGUGCCAGUUGGAUAUCGACUACUGCGAGGGAAAUCCGUGUCAGAACGGCGCGCCGUGUUUUAACCUGGCGACGGAUUAUUACUGUAAAUGUCCUGAAGAUUACGAGGGCAAGAACUGCUCCCAUCUCAAAGACCACUGUCGCACCACGCCCUGCGAAGUGAUUGACAGCUGCACGGUUGCCGUGGUUUCGAACAGCACCCCGAGCAACGUCCGCUACAUCUCGUCCAACGUGUGCGGUCCGCACGGUCGGUGCCGUAGCCUCGCCGGCGGCCAUUUCAGCUGUGAUUGUCAGGAUGGUUUCACUGGAACCUACUGCCACGAGAACAUUAACGACUGUGAGAGCAGCCCGUGCCGUAAUGGAGGGACGUGCAUCGAUAAAGUGAACGUGUACCAGUGUAUCUGCGCUGACGGCUGGGAGGGACCCGACUGCGAAACUAAUAUCGAUGACUGCAGCACGAACCCGUGCCACGAUCGCGGUGUGUGUCGCGACCUGGUCAACGACUUCUACUGCGAGUGCAAAAACGGCUGGAAGGGCAAGACCUGUCACUCACGUGAAAGCCAGUGCGACGAGACGACGUGUAACAACGGCGGUACGUGCAGCGAUGAAGGAGACUCCUUCAAAUGCAUGUGUGCCUCUGGCUGGGAAGGAACGAGCUGUAAUAUCGCGAAAAACAGCAGCUGCCUUCCCAACCCGUGCGAGAACGGCGCUACCUGCGUCGUCAGCGGUGACCGCUUCACCUGCGUGUGCAAGGAAGGCUGGGAGGGACUCACCUGCAGCCAGAACUCGAAUGACUGCAACCCACACCCGUGCUACAACACCGGGACAUGCGUGGAUGGGGAUAACUGGUACCGGUGCGAGUGUGCUGCGGGCUUCGCCGGACCCGACUGUCGCAUCAACAUUAACGAGUGUCAGUCGUCUCCGUGCGCGUUCGGGGCGACCUGCGUGGACGAGAUUAACAGCUACCGCUGCUUGUGUCCACCCGGGAGGACCGGAGCGAGGUGUCAGGAAGUGAACAGGCAUCCCUGCGUGGACGGCGGCCGGAUCGUCGCCGACGGGGCGAGAUGGGACAAGGACUGUAACACCUGCUACUGUCACAACGGCAGAAUCACCUGCACGAAGUUGUUGUGCGGUCCGAGGCCGUGUCGUCAGCUGGGAGCCAGUGGAGGAGAUUGUCCGGAGGGUCAGGUGUGUAUCCCGGUACACGAGGACCGCUGCUUCGUUCGGCCGUGCCCCGCGCAAGGCGAAUGCUGGUCAGAUCACGACCAGUCCCGGUGCCACCCCGACAGCGACUGCGCCAACGUCACGUUCACGUUCACCAAGGACAUCAUGCCGGAGGGCGUGACAGUGGAGCAGGUGUGCAGAGAGCUGCGCAGUCUCUACGUGGUGAAGAACCUCUCCUCCGAGUUCUCCAUCUCCAUCACCUGUGAACCUUCCACCACGGCCAGCAGCGAAAUACACGUCGCCAUUCAGGUCGCUCAGGACAGCGGCAGCAGCCACGCUCCGGUUAAAGGGAUCACAGACAGGAUCAUCGACGUGGUGAGCAAACGCAGCACUAACGGUACCAUCCUCACUGCCAUCGCGGAGGUACGCGUCCAGCGCAGGCCCACCAGCAGCCCCAACGAUUACCUGGUGCCAGUGCUGGUUUCCGUGGCAACAGUGAUCUGGGCGCUGGCGUUGGUGUGGACGACACUGUGGUGCGUGCGACGGCGUCGCAAGCAAAACGCGAGCGCCACGGCAACCGGGUACGCCUCCGCGCCGUCGGCCGCGCCGACCGCCGAGGACAACAACGCGGCCAACAACGCGCGCGAGAACCUGCACCAGAUCAAAAACCGCAUCGAGAAAAACGCCGUCAGCGCCAAGAUCGGACCACAGAAACUCGCGCCUCAGGAGACGCCGGCGCCCGAGGACGACCCGGAUGCCGAAAAAAGUCUCCACAAAGCGCGGUUUCCGCGGCGACCCGUGUACGCGCCGGUGGAUCGCGACGAGCGGCCGAGCGGCCUGCACGGAAAACGGGCUCACUGGACUAACAAACGCGACAACAGAGACUUGGAGUCCCAGAACAGCUUGCACAGAAUGGAGUAUAUCGUAUAGCGGCUGCGAGGAAACGGCGGUGGGCUAGGCAACAGUCACCGUGACAACCGUUACGGCUGUCCUUCCGUUGUUACGGCUGUUCUACCGUUUCCGGCUCACCUUCGAGCGGGAGACUCGGCCUCUGUUACGGGAAAUUGGACCGUUUUUGUCUCACGAUGGCGGAGAAGGAGAAAACGAGGGAAAAACUCCCCACGGCAAAAUUUAUGGCAUAGACACGUUGACUAAUCGGGCCAGAUCGAGGUUGUUGUGGGUUGGCUAGUUUCCCUCACAGUUUUCCCCACGGUUAAAAAAAAAACAAAACAAAAACAAAAAUUACGCCACCGUCUUGGGUACUUUUUCGUAGUGAAUUAUGAACAAGCGAUUUUUUUUUUUUUUGGCAUCGCGGAUAAAUUUCGAAUUCGUUUGUGUGCCGCAGAAUUUCGAAGGCACACGGAUUUGCACUCAGCAAGCAUAUGCGUCAGUGUUGUGUUCUUUUUGUUGUUGUUGUUUUUGUUUUUCUGUUUUUCCUUGGGAUCAUUUCACAGCGAUGGAGCGUUUAGACCUGAUUCAUCAAAAAAAAAAACAACCACGUCCUGCGUACCGGAGAUCAGAGCGGAGUUGCCGAUAGACGUAAAGCUGAUCUCAGACCAGGUCUGCUGUUCCGCCGGUUAGACUGGAGAUUAAAGGAACGCUCGGAAGUUUUCCGACGUUAUCUCGAUCGAUCACGUGUGAUCCUAUGGACGAGAACCCCCACACGUGUCCGUGUCCCAGGAACCUCCAGGCUCGCUUAUAACGAGGACCGAGGACGGUUUUUGAACUCGAAUCUGUGCACAUUUACAGCAAAUGUGUAUGUUUGUUUAAAAAAAAAAAACCCCCGACGCUUUGACGAUUUCUUCAGUCGAAGGUGUUUGUUCAUGACCUGAGCUUUAAAUCUGCGUACUUUUUGUCUUUUCUUGUGUCUCGUCUCAUCUUGCGUGCGAUGGCUGAUGUUGAAGAUUUCCCGAGUUGAACAGCUACCCUUGGACUUCCGCUAUAAGCGAGUUUGGAGUAAAGCGGGUUUCUGUUGUCCUCUCGUCACAGGGAAACGCCUUGAAAUUCUUCAGCACGUAGACAACGAGGUCGAAAAACGCCGGGUUGUUCUUUUAAUGUAUAGAUAGCGUAUUAACACCCCGGAUCUGACGCUAGGGGUGGGCCUAUUCGCAAAAAAAGAACGGGAAAAAAAAACAUUUAGCCAAGUUUCCAUCCGCUUUUUGCGCUUUUCUGCUAUCGACAAAGUGAAAGUGUGUCAAAAUUUUUUUUUACGAAAUUUGCCGUCUUCCGCCUGUUGGCCUUUUACUGAUAAGAUGGUGUGCGUUUAAAAACCCCCCGACCGUCGCAGAGGAAUUCCGCCCUUGAGCCGUUUCCACGCGUAAAUUUGUGCACAUCGCGAAUUGUGGACGUUUUCCUGGAAUCUUCGCGCUAACGUUAAACCGAAGAGAAGAGAUCUCGUCGACGCUUUGGCGUUCCCGCCAGCUACGUCGCUAAACACUUCGACGCGCUGAACCUUUUCAUCCUGAGACGGAAACGUGACUAUCGCGAUACUCGGAAAAGACAAGUGCGCAAAAAUGUCCGACAGAUUUCAUUUAACGGAAUGACUGACUAAACACCCUGACGGUACUCUCAGUAACGCGUAUUGCGACGUAUCGUAUCGCCGUAUCGUUUCGUAUCGUAUCGCCGUAUCGUUUCGUAUCGUAUCGCCCACCCCUGAGUGAAGCCCACGUUACUCAUUCUGUUUAGCCCGAAAGUCCCUGCUACACCACACCACGACAACCACAACAGCCAACAAAAAAAAACGUCAUCACGAUUAUCAUUAUUAAUAUUAAUAUUAUUAUUUAUUGUCGUUUUUAUUGUUUUGCUUUGCAGGCGGCAGGCCAAACUUCACUCCCUUGCAAUAUGAAGAAUUAAAUUGUCGACUUUACUAUGACAUCGAUGUUGUAGAGUUUUUUUUUUGUUUUGUUUUGUUUUGUAUGUACAUAUUUUUUUUAAUUAAUCAUUGUGUAUAUUUGAUUUAUUAACUUAAUAUUCGAGAGCCUAUCAUUCCUUUUUGUUUUGUUUUUUCUUGUUUUGUUGUUUUUUUUUUGUUUUUUUUUAUUUAUGUGCUUCAUUUAGAUUCGAAGGUUCGACAGCUUUGUAAGCUUUCUACUUCCUUAUUUUUGACAGAAAACAUUUGUUUCACACACACAAAACAUUUUGUAAAAAAAAAUCUAUCUAUCUAUCUAUCUAUAUCUAUAUAUAUAUAUAUAUAUAUAUAUAUAUAUAUAUAUAUAUAUAUAUAUAUAUAAAUAUAAAUAUAAAUAUAAAUAUGCCAAAAGUGUUCUUGAAAGAAUAGUUUUAUUUUUAUCCUGACUGUUUGACAUGAAAUGCGCUGUACAAAGUUUUUUUUUAUUUUUUAUUAUUAUUUUUAUUUUAUUUUUUAAAGAGACACAUUUAUGGUCGGACGGUUUGGUCAGGAUUAUUUCUGGAACGUUCUGAAGUGGUGGUGGUGGUGGUGGUGGUGAUCGAGAUGGAGACCGAUGGAAAAGAAAGAAACGUGACUUAACGCGUCUUACGACAAAGACAAACAUAAAAACGAAUAGAGGUCUCUGCGGUGGUGUAUUUCUGUAUUCCGUCAUAAAUCGACCUAGAACGUUCCGUCAGCGUGUCAACGUACCCGGACGCUUCCCGUAGCAGUAUUCCCGUAGCGAGGUGAAAUUACAGCUCGUAGCCGGCAGUUUGUUUAUCCCGAACGACCGAGGAAACGAGAAGAGGAGAAAUUCAAAGAGAUUCACGUUUCUGAAAAAAGUCAAAACUCUGUACGAUUUUACCAAUCGUGGGGUUUUUUUUUAAAAAAAUGUUAAACAAUUUUUUUUUUUUUUUUUUUUUUGUAAAGUGUCGUAAUAAUUUUAGGACAGAAUAAAAAGGGCAGGUCCAUCAAAGUGAACUCUUUCCUCCGAGUGACGCUGGCCAGCAGGCCGUCGUACGAUUUCUUUAGGCCUCUCUGGGGGGGGGAGAAAAAAAAAAAAAAAAAAAAAAAAAAAACAACAA